CAAAAACAAUUGUUAGGAUUUUUAAUUAAAAUCUCUAUAUACUAAUCAUUUCUAAGAGAUUGUCACCACUAAUUGUAUAGUAGUGAAAGUUUUCAUCUUUAGAAGUGGUGUUAUUUCCUAGUUGUAAAAGUACAAAAAGACACACUAGACUUCUUCAAAGUCAAAAGGUGUGAACAGAUCAAAUCAAAUAAAAUUCCCUUUUAACUAAAAAAAAUAUUAUCAAUAAACAAUAAGCAAGUGCUAUGAUCCACAGUUACGCAAUGACUCUUACACCUCCGUGGAUUUCACAAACCAGACGUUGACUCUCUCUAUCGACCUUAUAUUUUUCACACCAAAACCCUUUUCUUCUCCACUUUCCAUACGAUGAUCUUCAAAUGGCGAUCCUCGACACAAAGUCCAGCCGUUGGAUCCCACACAACCUUCUCUUUCUUCUCCUCUUGCUCUUGCUCCAGUCAGUACCGUAUGGAUUCGGUCAGACUCAGACCACACCACCCGGAACAACAAAAACGAAACCUAACGAUCCAGUUGUUGUUGUAAUCACGGUUUUGUUUUUAGUGAUCUUUUUCAUGGUCUUCGGUUCCAUCUUCUGUCGUCGAAGCAACGCACAGUUUUCACGUUCUUCCAUUUUCCGAUCCACCGACGCAGACGCCGAGUCUCAGGUCGUCAGGAUCAGGAGGUUGACGGCGCGUGGGCUCGACGCGGAGGCUAUAGAAACUUUCCCGACGUUUCUUUACUCGGAGGUGAAGGCGGUGAGGAUCGGGAAAGGUGGUGUGGAGUGUGCGGUUUGUCUCUGUGAAUUCGAAGACGACGAAACGCUGCGUUUGAUGCCUCCUUGUUGCCACGUGUUUCACGCCGAUUGUGUUGACGUCUGGCUCUCAGAACACUCCACGUGUCCUCUCUGUAGAGCGGAUCUUGUCCUAAACCAACAAGGUGACGACGACGACAGCACUGAAAGCUACUCGGGUACGGAUCCAGGUACGAUUUCGUCGAGUACGGAUCCUGAGAGAGGAAUGGUUUUGGAAUCUUCGGACGCGCAUUUGCUGGAUGCUGUGACGUGGAGCAAUAGUAACAUAACACCUCGGUCAAAGUCAACGGGGUUAUCCAGCUGGCAAAUAACCGGAAUUUUGUUCCCGAGAUCGCACUCGACCGGACAUUCGUUAAUUCAACCGGCUGGGAAUCUAGACCGGUUUACGUUGAGGUUACCGGAUGAUGUACGACGGCAACUUAUGAAGACAUCGAGGACGAUGGGACACGUGGCGUUACUACCUCAGGCGAGGAGUUCACGGAGCGGUUAUAGAAGCGGUAGCGUCGGGAGCGAGAGAAGCGCUUUCCCGUACGGACGUAAGAGUAAUAAUAACAAUCGACGGCUUCAUUCGCUGUCUUUUUCAUUCUCUUUCCGGAGUGGUUCCGUACGGUCUACUUUCUCCGGAGAUGCGCCGAAGAAUCUUCCGACAUCGAUUGAAGCUGGUGAACGGUCUUUCGAACGGCUCCGACCAGAUGAACGAGUGUAAAUAAUAUAUAUUUUUUUCUUUUUUACAAUUUGUAAUUGGGAUUUAAUGUUGUCAUGCCUCUUAUUUGCGUUUUUUUUCUUUUGAGCAUGACCAACAAAAAUGACAACUAUUUUUUGUCAAAACAAAUCGUUUGAAGGUUUCAGAAAGAAAAAAGUAUGUGUGAGAUUGUGAAUCUUUGAAAUGUAGCAGAUGGGUUUUACACAUUUGAUGGAUAAAUGGAGUUGGGUUUUAUUUUAAUAACGCUUAUCCCAUCAAAAUGCAAUUACAG